UCAACGCCGUUGUACUGGUAUACUUUAUUACACAGCUUGCCGAAUAAACACACCGGGAGAGAGAACGAGCACCGAAUCAUGAUUCAGGCAUAGGGAGGGAGCGGACAGACACACACGUUGUCAGGGCGAUUGAGGAUUGCUGGAUGCAAGAUGCCUUACCACAACCACCGACAUCAAGUCAUCUACAAUGUCGGCGGCGGUGCCCCAGGGGGUGGUCCAGGGUGUUGUGGGGUGCCUCCAGAGGCUCCACGUGCCGUGACGGCGGCAAGGGGAUGCGCUAUUUUAUCGAUUGUUAUCCACGCGAUCAGCUUCUACUUGGGCGGAGGGUUUUUUGUGUGGCAGCGGAAUGCCUGUUUUAUCGCCUUUGUGAUGGGCGGACUUCUCCUGUGCUUCUACGAACGUUAUAUGUACGUCAUCGGCAGCUUGGGGUUCGCUCUAUGCGCCGUGUUCGACGUCUUGGCCGUUUUGCGAUGGAUCACGCGCGACGAUGAAAUUUUCGAUAGUGACGACGACUACAACACUACCUUCCAAGUCGACGACACUCAAUCGGAAGAAUCGAGCGACAGCACUAUUCUCCUCUGGUUGGCCGUGCCCCCUUUUCUCGGAGCCAUCGCGAUGGGCCUGGGUGCCAUUUUCACCUUCACGGCGAUCUUCGCCUGGAAGUAUGGUGGAGGCACCGCCAUUCCCCACGUCCCGGUCGCACCUCAACCCACCUUCGACUUCACCAAACAGCCUCAGAGCCAGCAGGAGAGCAAGACCGCGGAACUCGGACUUGCACCGCCCACUGCGCACCCACGGACGCCACCCCCCGCUUACCACCCACAGUCGCCACCCCCGGCAUACCGACGAUAAUUUGCCGUCUUCAGCAAACGUGGCGGUCGGUAGUUGCGACCGGAACAAAAUCGUGACAGAUACAAAACAAUCCUGAUGGCAAGGUCACCGGCGAAGAGGCGCCCAUGAUAUCGUCCUUUGGCAACGGAACACUCCUGCCGGGGGUGCUGUAAGACUACGUAUCGGGCAGGGUGCUGGUGGAUGUAGAUGGAUCGCCCAUUUUGCAGUGUGUCGCAUGGUUGGUUCUUGCCUUCAAUCAUGUAGCAUGUGGUCGUGGGUAGGUGUAUUUACUGUAGUCCAUUGUAGGAGACGGAGGCAGUGACGGAAUCGGGAUGUGAAAUGUAUCGGUGAUUGUCGCGACAGACACCCACCAAUAGGGCCAACCUAUCGUGAUCGAGUCGCGGUGGCGGUUGACUCUGAUGGAGAAGCCGCAGCCGGCCACAUUACUGUGCGGUCUAAAUCGAACGGUAGCCAUGCCACGAUCAGCACGAGUGCGUCAGAGGGACAACGACCGGCGUUGGCACCUGUCUCAGACGGGCGUUUUGUGGUAGUCGCUGUUCGACCAACUCCUGCACUGGUACAUGCAAUGCGGUGCCUUCUCGCGAAAACUUUGCUUUGCAUUUGUCUUUGAAAGCAAUUCACGGAAUGAAGAAGGGAAGAUGAGGCAUCUGGACAACUGUGGACGGAGGAUGGGCAGCACGAUGUAGGAUGGGACGGGUAGAGUUUACAGUAUUUCGGAAAUAUUGCGGGACAUACGUUGUUUGGCGUUUGCAAAGGCGGUUUACUGCAAAUGAGAGUGAGCAUUUGUUUUUCUGUAUUAUUUUGUUGCUAUUGGUGUUGAGGCUCCUGAUCUACGAACUGGUACCGAUGAUUCACAUGCUUGUGUAUUGCUGGUUUGCUGUCACGUAGCCCAGGGGGUAAAAUACCGAGGUACGCUUCGAUGAGGUAUGGAUGGUCAUCCUCACAACAUGUCAUUCGAAACCACGGUGCUUGUUCCUCCUUGUCGUCUGGUGUUGUCUUGUAUUGUGCGUUCCUUUGGGGAAAACGACGGUAUUCCGAACUGCCCCGCAAAGAGGGCAGGGUGGCAGCAAGGUCAAUUUUCUUGUUUUUGUUAUUUUCGGUCUUCCCCUUUGAGUCAAUCAUGGGCAAUGGAGUACACCCACCGCCCCGGUUUGCUUUCGGUUUGCUUACAGUAGUUGCACUCAUGCGCGUCACGAACAACGAACAAGUUACCGAGGUGCAGACAGAGGAGAAACGAUAUAUUUUUUCGUGUGUCAAGAU